AUGAAUAUGGAAAUGCGUACGACCCAACGUCCACAAAGCCAUAGACAACAGUCCCUUCACGUUUCACCAACCGAGGUCCCAGCCAACGCAUCUCAAGGCGUCCAAGACCCCGAGCCCCCGGAACAAGGAGGUUUCCCGUUCAAGGAAAUCCCGAAGAUUACCUUUCCAACCGCCAAAGUGGAGGAAUCAAAGAACGAAGCCCUCGACACCACGAGGGCCACUGACAAGGGCAAAGGCCGCGAAACCAUAACACCACCAGCCGAACCCGCUCCCUCGGAAAACAUGUCUACUUCACCCCUUAUGGGCUACUCACCCUUUCAGGGGCAUCACAGUAACCCCGAGCAUGAGCAAGCCGAGUAUGAACACAGCUACGGGCAUGGUCAUCAGCAUGAUCACGCCCACAUCCACAGCCCCCAACAUGGAUAUGCCCCCGAGUCUAUCGGCGGCGACUCGGACUUUGACCAGCACGCUUGGGCUUUCGUCAAUGUCAGCCCCGACACCGGCACUUUGGGCGGGCUUCAGGCCAGCCCUGUCCAGGGUAGUCUAAGCUCUUGGACCAAUGUUGAGGGACAGUUUGGUGGCGGUUUGAGCCCCCUGCCAGCUGCCUUAACUCCAGAUGCCUUGUCUGGCUCGCCGGAAGGUGGUUACCAAUUCUCUGCUGAUGAUCUCUCACACCUCGUCGAAUACGAAUAUACCUUUGACAAUGAGAUCAACUCUCUUCUGUUUCAUGAUUCGCAGUACGAACAAGACAUGGCUGCUGCAGGGCCAUCUGGACAGCCUGCCACCCACCAGAACCAACAACCACAGAACUUCCAGGACGACUUUAACCUCGAAAUUGCCUUGUCCGGCGCUGAUGUCCCACCCUGGGAUCCUCUUUUCGCUGGCGGCCUCGCGCCCGGUUCCAUGGAAGAGAUCCCCUCACUCUUCAACAUGGACGACUUCAACAUCGAGACCGGCGCAGGCGCACUCAGCUCCAGCCCCCCAGAGAGUAUCAACAGCCACACCUUGAGCCAUCACUCCGUCCCCGAGAAUGCUGCUCACCUAUCCGUCCCAGUCCAGCAGCCAUACCCGGCUCCCUCCGUCCCCGUUCCGGGCCCCUCCUCAUCUUCGCACGCGACCUCCAAGCCCAUUGCCAUCCAUAAGACCCGUGGCAAUGCUCGCGUCCAGAAGAAGAAGGCUUCGCCCAGCCCAUCCGCAGUCUCCUUCACCACCAUAUCCUCUACCGCGGCGGUCGUGAACUUCUCCGGUGAAAACAAAUUCGUCGUCAUCACGCCCCAGUCCAUCAGCCAGAACGCUGCUAAGGGCAGCAGCGCGGCCUUGUUCGGCGGUAAGGACGCCGAGGGAAGCAACCGCACCACCCUCAGGGGCCGCAAGGGUCCUCUGGCCAUCUCGACCGCCAUUUCCGCCUUGCAGGUCCGCCGCAUAGGCGCCUGCUUCUGCUGCCACGCUCGUAAGGUGUCGUGCGAGGAGACGCGCCCGUGCCGGCGGUGCGAGAAGCUGAAGCUCACCGUGCCUGAGGUGAUUUGCUGGCAGUUCAGCGACUUCACCGAGGUCAUUUUUCCGGGAUGGCUGAAAGCGCACCUGAAGCGGGAAGGCGCUAAGGGAGCGGAGGAGUACGUACGGGGAAACGUCGCCUCUUUCUUGGUGCGCUUCCGGGAGGAUGAGGAGGAGUCCGAGAAACCGAUCAAGUUGCGUCUGACUCUCGGUCGUGGCUUCAACAAGGAUGCUAUGCUCACCGUGUUUGCCAAGUUCUUCACUCCCACCCCCGACGCCCCCGACGCCACGAGGUGGUAUACCACGCGCGAACACCCGGACGGCCACGGGAUCGUCCUCGAAGAGAGCCCGGCGACGCCGAUCGCGCUGCCGUACGGCUGGCUCGACCAGCGCGAAGAGCUGCGUCGCCACCUGCGCCAGUUUCACGAGGGUCUCUACAACGAAGACAAAUGGGCUUACCUCCUCACGCAAUCGUGCGAGCAUACUACAGAAAUCCCCACGCGGGUGCUUCCCAUUCUUCGACGAUACGCCAACGAGUCGCGCAACGUCAUGGUCAAGCGCGCGCUGCAGAUCCUGACCAUGAACUACACCAUGUCUUACCACCUGCACCUGGACCCGGAUUCCGUGCACGCUAUUGAGGUCGCGGGGUAUCGGGUGCCCGAGGGCUUGGACAGGAAGGUCCUGACGGCCAGGGUGCUGAACAGGCAGCUGAAAGCCGUCACAAACGACAUGGUUGAGCGUGAGGUGAGGAGGCUGUUUGAGGACUUCAGCAAGGCGCUGAAGCCAAGAUCCCGCAAGGAGUGGGCGGGCUGCUUUGCGGCGUUCGCGGCGCUGAGCGUGUUUUUGGAGUAUAAGGAGGCGCAGGCGGAUGCGUAUGUGAAUGAGGUGAAGAAGAGGGAUUGGUUGUACAAGGUCCAGCAAUGGCAGCAACAGCAGCAGCAGCAUCAGCAUCAGCAUCAGCAACAGGAAGCGGAGAAUGUUAUGGGCAGGAAAGAGGGGGGUGUCGAGGAUGUUGGGGGGGAGAUUGAGCAGGGGAUGGAUAAGUUGAAGUUGGACUUUUCUCGGAAACAAGCCUGGGAUACGCUCGAGGCGAUCGACAACUUGCCGUUCAAGCAGUUCAUGUACCAGUUCCACCAGAUUUAUCAGACGCAUCCGUCGACGGCGAAAGACGGGAAGGCGUUCAACCCGUUUGUGGAUGAUGAGGCGUUGGAGAGCUUGAGGGAGUUCCCGGAUGGAGAGGCGGCGAUCUAUAUGGUGAAGACGUUCAGGGACCGGUUCUUUGAUGUUUCGGAUGUUCGCCACGAACUCGACUUCCUAACCUUCGACCCCAGCGGUCCUCCCAGAGAGAACGUUGACCCUUUCACCGAUCCCGCCAACAAAAACAAGACUUCCGUCUUCCAUCUCUUUACCGGUCGCCUUCUCUCCAAGUUCUUGCUGUCCUUCAUCGACGAGAGGAUGAUCAUGGGAUCUACCGGAUUUACCGGCGGUGGUGUUAAUGGAGGAAACGAAGACGUUAUCGCCGCUGCGGACGUCGACAGCACCAACAGGGGAGAGAGCAACUAUGAGAGCGGAGACGAGAUCAGCCCCGAGGUCAACAACGACGGUAGCCAGGACAAUGACGACAACAGCGACAACGACAGCAACACCGGCGGCAAUUUCUUCAUCAUCGACUUUGACCAACUCGAGGACAACGACAAUGACGAAACCAGAGAGGUGAUCGGCGAGGCCGGCUCUUUCCGCGUGUUUCUCAAAGCCAUCCUGCUACCCAGUCUCUUUGCUUUCCUGGGCGGUUUCUCCAGCGGGUGUUGA